GCAUGUCUAAAUCUAACUGCAAACUUGACUGUUAGGACAAGAAUUUUGGUAGUGCUUGAUUUUCUUGGUUCAUGUCAUUUUGGUCAUCAUAAUCAUUAAUAUAAAUUGCAUGAGUGCAAGCCAGAUACUAACAAGUAACAAUACCACAACCUUUAUGCAAUCCUUUAUUUAUAUGUCCCUUCUCUCUUUUUUUUUUUUUUUUUCCCUUCAUUCUCCUGAACAACUAUUCGAGAGUUGAAUAAAUGUCAAUCUUGUUGGGUAAUUUACCAAACUUUUAGAAAAAUUAACAAGACAGGAUAUUCUAAGGGGGGUAUAACUUAGUGGUGGUUCUUUUUGUUUUUAGACAAUAUCUAUUGCUAGCAGCUGGAGAAGGAACUUUCCAAGUUAGUGGUGUCUAAAAAAGUGAAGCUUUCAACAGUUUUAGAAAUGGCUUUGUCUCUGUCUAUCUGACUCUGCCAUGGCUUUGCAUAUUGGUUGAUAUAUUUUGUUUUUUGGGAGCAUUAACAAACAAAAAGAACAUGAAGUUUAUGAAACUUGGAUCUAGGCCUGACACUUUCAUCACUACUGAGGCUGUAAGGUCAGUUAACUCUGAAGUUAUUAGUGAUCUCAUAGUCCAAGUAAAGGGUAGCAGAUAUUUGCUUCACAAGUUUCCCCUGCUAUCAAAGUGCUUAAGGUUACAAAGGCUAUGCUCUGAAAGUCCAGAAACCUCACAACACCAAAUAGUGCAGCUACCAGAUUUUCCUGGUGGAAUUGAAGCAUUUGAGCUAUGUGCAAAAUUCUGCUAUGGAAUCACCAUCACUCUAAGUGCCUACAACAUUGUUGCGGCUCGGUGUGCUGCAGAAUACCUGCAGAUGACAGAGGAUGUAGAGAAAGGAAACUUAAUCUACAAACUCGAAGUAUUCUUCAAUUCUUGCAUACUUUCAGGUUGGAAAGACUCAAUUGUGACAUUACAAAGUACCAAGUCCUUUCCUUUAUGGUCUGAGGACUUGGGAAUUACAAGCAGAUGUAUUGAAGCCAUUGCUUCAAAGGUUUUAGCACAUCCUUCAAAGGUGAAUUUAUCAAGGAGCUACUCGAAAAGAGGCCCAAGGGAUGAUAUUUCAUACAAUGAAUCAGAAAGUCGAAGGUACAAAACUUCAUCUAAGAGUUGGUGGGCUGAAGAAUUAGCAGAAUUGAGCAUAGACCUUUAUUGGAGAACUAUGAUAGCCAUCAAAUCUGGUGGGAAAGUACCUGCUAGUGUUAUCGGUGAUGCAUUGCGAAUUUAUGCAUCAAGAUGGUUACCAAACAUUUCAAAGUAUGCAAAUAUUGAGAAGCAGAUAGUACAUCAUCAGUCCGAGUCGGAUUCAAUUGGAAAGCACAGGCUGCUUUUGGAGUCAAUUAUCAGCUUGUUACCAGCUGAAAAGGGGGCAGUUUCUUGUAGCUUCUUGUUGAAAUUGCUUAAAGCAACUAACAUUUUGAAGGCUUCUUGUUCAUCCAAGAUGGAAUUGGCAAGAAGGGUUGGACUUCAAUUGGAAGAUGCUACUGUUAAUGAUCUGUUAAUACCUUGUGUGUCACACACAUGUGACACAAUUUAUGAUGUGGAUAUAGUUAUCACAAUAUUACAAGAGUUCAUGUUGCAGGGGCAAAGUCCCCCAACAAGUCCACUAAGAAGGAAAGGAGAUUUGGAGAGGAGAAGAUCUCGGUCCGCGGAGAAUAUUCACCUUGAAUUUCAAGAAAGUAGGAGAUCUUCUUCAGCAUCACAUAGCUCAAAACUCAAGGUAGCUAAGGUUGUGGAUGGAUAUCUUCAAGAAAUUGCAAGUGACACAAAUUUGCCCCUAUCGAAAUUCAUUUCCAUUGCUGAAGCCAUUCCAGAGUUUGCCAGGCUUGACCAUGAUGAUCUUUACAAAGCCAUUGACAUAUAUCUCAAGGGGCAUCCAGAGCUGAACAAAAGUGAAAGAAAGCGACUCUGCAGAAUAUUGGACUGCAAGAAACUAUCAAUGGAGGUUUGCAUGCAUGCUGCACAAAAUGAAUUACUUCCAUUAAGGGUAGUUGUUCAAGUUCUUUUUUUCGAGCAAGCUCGAGCCGCUAUGUCCGGUGGCCAUGUAACAGAGUUGCCUAGUAACAUCAAGGCCCUUCUAGCAAACCAUGAUGACACAGCCAAGACUUCCGCAUCUUUUAAUAAGGCCAAAAAGACACCAGUUGAUGACCUUAAAUCUCCAAAGUCCAACCUUUCAACUCUGAAAAUGAAGCUAGCUGAAGAUGAUGAUUUGGAUGAACAUUAUGCAGAUGAAAUGGGAAAAUCUUCAAGAAUUAGAGCUUUAUGUGUGCUUCCAAAUCGACCUAAAAAAAUGUUCAGUAAGCUAUGGUCAAACAAUAGAUCAGUUGCAAGUGGAAAGAACUGAUAAUUUUUACCUUUAUUUUGAAGGGUAACAUAUACUCUGUUAUACUAUUGUGGCCUUAAGAUUUUUUUUUUUUUUUUUUCUUUUUCUUAGUUUUCGGGGAACAAUUGUAGUCUUUAGGAGAAGAGAAAUCUUUAUGCUUAAGUAUUGGGGUAAACUGUAACCUAAGCUAAUAAAAGUACAAAAGUUUUACAAUGAGAAGGGGAAAAUUAUGUAUUGAACUUCUUGAGAAUGGAAUUGAAGAAAGAAAUCAUUGAGAAGGA